UGUUCUCUCACCUCCCAUAUCUAGCCGUUGAGCCCAAAACUGUACAUCUCUCUCUCUCUCUCUCUCCUCUUCUUGCAGUUUCGUUUCGAAAGAAAGAGAACGAAGAAGAAGAAAGAACGAAACCUGCAGAUUUGUUUGUAAGAAAAAAUGGGUAAGCUUUUGUGUGAUUCCACGGCAACAUUUCAAUCUCCUUCGCCUACGGUUCCUUGGAGAGAGCCUUCAACAGCCGCCGCCGUAUCUCUCGACGACGUGGAUCUUGUUGACCAAUCCGCGGCGGCUGCGGCGGUCGAAGCGGUGGAGAAGACGAUGGAGGCGGCGGCUACGGCGUGGGAUGAGGUUUUUGGUCUUGAGGAGCAGCAAAGACGGCAUCUUAGCCGGCUUCACGCGAGGGGUGUGUUGUGGAAGCAUCCUGGGAAAGACGAUUCCUCUGCUUCCGUCGUUUUCCGUCUUUCCCACGGCGGAGAGGUUUCUUCCGACGGGAACUGUCUUUUCACCGCGUCGCACAAGGCCAUGGAGGCGCGUGGGAUCGACGCGCGAGAUUUGCGGCGGCGUACGGUGAGGAGGUUUUUGGAGGAUUUCGGAUCUGCGAGCGAGGGUGAGAAGGAGGUUAUUACGGAUGCGAUAAGGCAUAUGUAUUCGCCGGAUCUGAAGAGUGGUUGGGGGAUUCAUAUCGUUCAGGAAGAGAAGUUGUUGGCCAAGAAAGAUGAAAGGGAGACUCUAGAUUCCGCCAUUGAUGAGCUUAUUCAGAUUGGGAUGCAGAGAGAAACUGCGGCAGAGUCGAUCUACAGAGAGAGGUGUCUGCCUGUGAACGAUGGACUUAGUUGGGCUAAGUACAUGUCGAUUUCAGGGUCAUCAGAGGAUGAGUAUGACAUUAUCACCUUGCAGUAUACGGAAGAUGGGUUGUUAUCUGUAGAAGAGAACAGAGAAGGACAUGCAGCUGCGUUUGGGGAUGAUAUUGCAAUUGAAUGUCUCGCCACAGAAUUCAAACGAGAAAUCUAUGUGGUGCAAGCUCAUGGAUCAGAUGGGAUGGUAGAGGAAGAGAACUGUGUGUUCUUCCUUCCACACAAACCAAGAAGUGAAGUCCUUGAUGUCCCAGUCUUUCUUUUCAUGAAAGGCACAGGUUGGUGUGGUGGUGGAGCAGACCAUUACGAGCCAUUGAUUGCGAAUCCAUCUCCGCUGAUAUCUCAUGAGAAAGUCGCCCUUGUUCUCUGAUAUUGAGCUUUCUUCAAAUUCAUAGAAUUUGAGGGUUUUUUUUGGUAGUUUUAAUACUGUUGUUGUUAGAGAGUACCACAUGUUAGGGGGAGAGAGAGAGUUGUGCAGGUUAUUGGCCUGCUGAGGAGGUUAAGCUGUUUUUAUCAAUUUGUAGUUUUGAGGAAGAGUGAUGAUUUUUUGUUCAUUAUUUGGGAUGGGGGAAAUGGGAAAUUCUCUUUUGUCUGUCUAAAGAGUUGCGGCUGUAACUGUAAGAGUGUAAACUCAUCAUUUUUGUAUUUUUGACUUCUUUGAAAUGAAAAAAGUUUCCCAAAA